AUGACUAUGUCUUCCGAUUUUCCUACCUCACAUCAUACUCCCCACGGAAACUCAACAUCUGGUUCUAACGCGUCAUUUCCCGUACCAAACUCUUAUGUCAAUUCUCACCCCGAGUCUCGCCUAGUGCCCGCUCGACGACGCGACAUGGACGACCAAGAAGGUGACGAUUUUGGGCAUAGUCCCUCUAACGCCCUUGGACAGUUCUCUUUCGCUCCAACGACUCGUACCACUGUCGUGACGACAACAACUACUACAACCACUUCAUUCCCGCCCCUAGCGAUUAAACCACCGAAAGCAGUGAGAGACUUGGAUGUUCGACAGUAUCCGUUGGCCGCGACGCCGACCCCAGCCGCAUUGAAGAACCUCAAAUUCAAGAUCGGUGAUAAGUCGAUUGUGUUCAAUGAACCAGAGGACUCUGUAGCGGUGGCUACUGAGGUGAAGGAAAAGAACGAUGCUUUAAAAGCUGCCAACGGACUGAUCCGCUCUGUUAAUUCGUUCACGUCCGAAGAUGAUGCUGCUUCUCGCCGACUGGGCCCGCCACGGUCCAUGACGCGGAUGAACCACCCUAACCGUCCUGUUUCCCCCGUCUCAUUUUCCGACUCCCGCCCUUCUAUUCUUCCCCGGACGCGUGGACACCGAGUGCCUUCCGAGCCCGUAGCACGACGUACCCGCCAUAGCUCCUCAAAUAUCCAUCUUUCUCCCGCUGGUCUGGCCACCCCAGAGACAGAACUGAACGUUGGUAGUAUUGGGGAUGCCGCAGCAGCUUCGAGACCGCGGAUACACAGUGCAAAUUUCCCACGUCGGGAAACCCUGUUGCGUACACCCCUGUCGGCCGAAACUGGAGCGCUGAGUACUUUACAAAGCUCAGGUUUGAUUGACAAUCGGGAGCUGCAAGGUCCCCCCCCCGACGAUCCAGAACCUGCUCCCGAAUCGGCACCCCUCGGCCAAAAUGUCCCGUUUGCUGUAGAAAUUGCUUCGCAGCAACGACCGGAUUUGUCAGCCCAGCUCUCAGCCAUCGACAACGCAAUGGCCCAAGAUAUGUGUUUGCCUAGCCCCAGCCUUUCACCAGUUACUGCCAUGAACGCACUGCAUGCCGAGUCGUCUUUUGAAUCUGAAGGACCCGACGUCGACACAGACUCAAGUCUAGAUCAUAAUGUUCCACGGCAGUCGAAGGCAAUUCGUCUUCAUGAUGCAGAUUCGAGGAGAGUGAGUCUAUCUACGGCACCUUCGGCUCGAUCUCCGUCAUCUUUGAUGGACAUGCCCAAGGUUCUGGAUUUCUUCGACUCGGUUCCUGAAGAGCUUAAGAGCUAUCUCAUGUACCAAUUCUUGCGACGUUGCCCGAAACCAACAUUGCAUUUCGUGGCCGAUGUGGUCAACCCAACUUUGAAGUGUAAUUUCUUGGAGUUGCUUCCCCUGGAGCUCAGCUUGAACAUUGUCAAAUAUUUUGAUAUCCAAACUAUGUGUCGCGCCGCACAAGUCUCCAAGAAGUGGCGUCACAUCGUCAAUUCAGAUGAGAAGACCUGGAAAGAGCUUCUUGAUCAGGAUGGGUAUAUCCUCUCCGAGAAGGAGCUAGAGCGAGCAAUCAGAGAGGGCUGGGGCUGGCAAUGCAGUAGCCCUGAUAACUGGGAGAGAGACCUUAGUAUCAAGGUGGCGAAAAAAGACCUCGAACUCUCUCCUGUUCCCUCAUCAUCCUCAACACCCAUGGAUAUGGCCCCGCUUACUGCCCCGCCGCCCAAUCGACGUCCCAAGCGGAAAGCAAAUACACGUACUUCAAGUCGGAAGCUCGCGAAACGUAAGGUCUCAUCCAACGGAACAGAUUACUUCGAGCCGGACUGGAAGAAAGACAUCGCGGCGUCAGAGGCCCCAUAUGCUGCAGCCAAUAAUGCUGCAGCUGCUGUGCCCUAUCCUGAAGUCGGCCUUCCUGCCCUGCGUGGACUGUACCUUUACAAGGCUCUUUACCGUAGGUUGCAUGCCAUUCGCCGAGGGUGGAUGAAGCCGGAUGUCAAACCGCAGCAUAUUGCUUUCCGAGCUCACGACCGUCACGUUGUGACUUGCCUGCAGUUUGAUGCGGACAAAAUAUUGACUGGCAGCGACGAUACCAAUAUAAACGUAUAUGAUACGAAGACUGGCGCUCUCAAGGCCACUCUAGAGGGCCACGAUGGUGGCGUCUGGGCUCUUGAGUACCAUGGCAAUACCCUUGUGUCCGGGUCCACUGAUCGCACCGUCCGUGUCUGGGAUAUCGAGCGAGCCCGGUGCACCCAAGUGUUCCAUGGUCACACGUCCACUGUCCGUUGCCUUCAGAUCGUCCUACCGACGGAGAUCGGCCGCGACGCGAAUGGUCGUGCCAUGAUGAUGCCGAAGGUGCCCUUGAUCAUCACCGGGUCUCGCGAUUCCAACCUGCGAGUUUGGAAGCUUCCGAAGCCCAGUGACGCGCCAUAUCUUCCUAAUGGUCCCACCACGGACGACUAUGAUUGUCCAUUCUUUGUUCGUGUCCUGUCUGGUCAUACUCAUUCAGUUCGUGCGAUUGCAGCCCAUGGUGAUACCCUUGUCAGCGGUAGCUAUGACUGCACCGUGCGCGUGUGGAAGAUUUCCACCGGACACGUCCAAUUCACACUGACGGGUCACACACAGAAGGUGUACAGUGUUGUAAUGGACCACAAGCGCAAUCGCUGCAUCAGUGGUGCCAUGGACCACAUGGUUAAAAUUUGGUCGCUCGACGACGGAGCUUUGCUCUAUAAUCUCGACGGCCACACUUCUCUUGUUGGUCUCUUAGCCCUGCAGGGUGAUCACCUUGUCUCAGCUGCUGCGGAUUCCACGCUGCGAAUCUGGGACCCACAGCACGGUCACUGUAGAAACACACUUAGCGCUCAUACCGGGGCUAUUACUUGCUUCCAGCAUGACGGCCAAAAGAUCAUUUCCGGGUCGGACCGGACUUUGAAGAUGUGGGACGUUAGCGACGGCUCCUGCAUUCGAGACCUCCUAACCGAUCUCAGCGGUGUCUGGCAGGUAAAAUUCAAUGAUCGUCGGUGUGUUGCUGCAGUGCAGCGGGACAGUUUGACUUAUAUUGAGGUCCUUGACUUCGGCGCCACACGCGAUGGUGUUCCUGAGAGCAAACUUGGGCAGCGUGUCGUAGUGAACCGCCAUGGCCGCGAGAUCACGGCAACCGGCAUUGGAUCCGACUCCGAUUCUGAUUAA